CUCGAGAGCACUGGGCAUGCGCCAAAACUCUUCCGGGUCCUUCUGCUUCCCUACUCGCUCCCACAGGGGUCACUUCCGGCUGCUUGAGGGAGGACGGGGGUCUGUAUCCGGGGCACGGGCGGCUUCCUGCAGGCGGGCGGCAGCGGUGACUGGUCGCGGGACCCGGAUCCGGUUUCCCCUCGUUGCAAGCUAAGAAUCACGAUUACUGAAAACUGUAAAAGGCUCAAUAAUCCGCCUGUUGCAGAGUAACCAUGGAAGAGACGAGGUAGCCACCCAAGAGUGAGCCAAAGUCCUAUUUCAAUGGAUUCAAAAUAUAAAGACGAUUUAUUUAAGAAGUAUGUACAGUUCCAUGAAUCCAAAUUGAAUGCUUCUGACAACAAACAGCGCCCUGUUAAUGAUGAAUAUCUGCGAGUGGCAGCCUCAGCCUUACUCUGCCUUCCCAGGAUUGAUCCCUUUUAUAGAUUCCGGUUGAUUAAAUUUUAUGAGAUGAUUGAAAAUUCACUAAGAUCCCUGAAAUCCUCAAAUUUACGUUCUCUCCAUAGUGCAUUCACUAUGCUGGAGAUGAUAGGAAUUAAUCUCUUUCUUUAUCCUUGGAAGAAGGAAUUCAAAACUAUAAAGACCUACACGGGACCUUUUGUUUAUUAUGUAAAGUCCACACUAUCUGAGGAGGAUGUAAGACAGAUUCUGAACUACAUGGGGUAUGUCCAAGAACUGGGAACCAUGUAUAAACUCAAAGAGCUGGUUGAUAUCUUCCAAGUGAAAAUGGUUUCAUUUGAACUCUUUUUGGCAAAAAUAGAAUGUGAACAACUGCUUGAAAUUCACUUGCAAGUGAAGGAUAAAGGUUAUUUGGAGCUUGAUGUUGUAAAUGAGCGAAAAAAUAGCAAUGAAGAUGUUAGAGGCUGCUCAGAAGCUAUGAAACGGCGCACAGAAUGCAAAGAAAACUUGAACACUUCUAUGGCACGCAUGGUUCUUCAGAAAUCUGCUAGUGAAAGAGCCCCUAAAGAGUACUUCAAGCCAAAAGUAAGCAAGCCUUCUAAAUCCGUGGAUACAUAUGACAGCUAUUGGGAAAUCAAGAAACCACCAUUGAUGACUUCGUUGAGUCUAAGAAAAGAACCAAUUUUGGUUGAUACGGCAGAUGACAUUAAAGAUGAAAUAAUACGUCCAUCACCAUCUCUUCUUGCUAUGUCAAGCUCUCCACAUGGGUGUUCAGAUGAAUUUCUGCCAAUUUCAUCCCAUCCCAAUGGCAUGUUAAGAACAAAUGUCCCCUACAACUCCUAUAUUUCUGCUCAAGAAGACUUAGACUUAUAUACUGAUCCUGAUUCUAGAAGUAUGUUAAAUUUUAAAAGACAAGAAGUUAGUAAACCUGAUGUAUGGCUAAUAAGAAAUGAUGCCAAUCCCAUUUACCACAAACGUACGCAUCUAGCCAAAGAGACAACUUCCCUGAAGUGCCAGAAUUGUGGCAUAACUUGCGGCACUUCUAUUUGCCAAAAGUGUGACAAUCUGCUCAUCUAUAGGCAGGAAUAUCCAGCAGUGAAACAGAGCAGUUAUUCAAUCAAAACAAUUCCAAAUGAUGGCUCGUCUCCUGGCUCUGCUUUAAGAGAGAAAUCUCAGUAUGCAUUACAGACUCAGAGUCAAGAAAGAGCUGCUCAGCUGAGUUCAAAAUCCAAGCCUUCAGGCACCCUGCGCUGUGGCUUCUGUAACCGAUCUGGAGCUUCAAACACAUGCACGUUCUGUUCCAAAGUCUCAUGUGAUGCUUGCCUCAAUGCUUACUAUUAUGAUCCCUGCUGUAGAAAGAGUGAGCUACACAGAUUCAUGCCUAACAAUCAAUUAAACUAUAAAUCAACCCAGCUGCCCCACCUUGUUUAUAGAUAGACUUGAAAUUCUGUGUUUAUGGGGAGAAACAAGGGCUAAAAACACACGGAAUUUUCUGAUCUCAUUGGUAACAAAUAUGAUACUGACCUCUUUAUGUAUAAAUAUUAAAAAAAAAAAACCAGAUGUGUCCAGUUUUUGGAAAUACAUUUCAACGACUAGGUGCCAGUUUCAUUUUUAGUGGCUUCACAAAUGCUGUGUAUACAUUAGAGUUCAUGCUGCUACCAUUUAGGUGGUUCUUAUCUGAUAACUGCGUUUCAAUUUAGAUGGGGAGAAGAGCACAUUUUCCUUUCAGAGUUGGCAGCUGUUGCACUUUAAGUGACACCACAUCUUUGUUAUUACAUUGCAGUGAUUGCCUCACCCAAAUAAAACUACAUAAGAGUAUGAAAUUAAGAGCAGCAUUUUCAGUGUAUAGUGAAAUCACUGUCUGUUUUGAUAGAGUAACUUUAAAAUACUUGCAGGAAGUAUUUUCAAAUUACUUGGUUGCCAAAAAGGACUAAUUUUUGACAAGUUUGGCUGCAUUUCCUGAGCUCUAAAAUGUAAACACCAGGACAUCGCCUCCUCAUGUUUCCUCCUUCUCCCUUCCAUCCCCCAAGGUGUUUAUCUCAAGCUUAUACAAUCUGAAUUUGAAGAGAGUUCUUGCUUUAUUUUCUAGUGUUGCCAAUACCAUCCUACUGGUUUUUACUGUGUGGUAUUUUUAAAAGGUGAAUAUGUAUACAUGUCACUUAAAUUAUGCCUUGAGUGUUCUCUUUCCAGUUCAGUACUGAUUUUAUUCAUCUUCUGUUGCACAUGUAUUAAAUCCCAUUCCUUGUACUGUAAAUAGGUGAUUUGGAAACAGUUUAUUUUUUAAUAAAUAGAUUCAAUAUGUUGAAUUCUAAAAGUGGUAAAAUCAUGUAACUAUGAAGCCUCUCUGGGUUAUUUGUUCAGAUGGCUUUUUUUUUUUUUUACUUGUACUGUAUUUCAUGGUUUACACAGUCACUGUGGCAGACUGAUAUUAUUGGCUCAGAAAAAAUUUUGUUUUCUUUGCUUCCUUCUUUAAAGCACCCAAAGCGCUCACUCAGGAGACACCUCUUCUAAAUUAAUUGGAGUCUUUCCUGAAUAAGGACUGCAGGAUUUUGGACCUAAGUGCACAUUUUCUUCCCUUAUGCUUAUGGGAACUUUGUAUGCAUAGAUGAAAACCCUGCAUCUAAAGCCACUGCAAAGUCUAUAGCAUAGCUCAGCUGGCAAGGCAGUGAUCUGAUUAAAAUUCACAGAGCUUGUAUGACUCUCAUUGGAGUAAGUCCAUCAGUUGUAGACGAGAAUCAGGCAACAAAACUUAUUUAUUUGUAUGACUAUCGUGCCUAGGAGCCCUAGUCCUAGACCAGGAUUCCAUUGUGCAGGGUGCUGUACAGUUUGGCCGUCAAACCACGUAAUAAAUUAAACUACAUCUUCUAUGAACAGACUUUAGUCUUAUGGGAAAAGAAAAUCUGCAAGAGCCUCCUCUUACUUUUUGUCUUUUACAUUCAGACAAGCUAGUUAAGACAAAAUAUUAGGGAACUCAAUCUGAGUAUUGGAAUCAAACAUUUAAAAUAUCUAAAAUUAUCUAAAGUGUUUAUUUAUAUUUUUUUUAAAUUAAUCCACUUUGCACUAAAAUAAUAAAUUUUUGAACAGUUUGAUUCUAGGUUUUGUUUUGUUUUCUUCCCGAAUGUCCAUUGUGUGGAAAAAACAUGCAUGAAUGAUUGGUCACCAAUGUUUUCGUACUGUUUUGGGUUGCGGGGAAUUAAAUAGGUUAAUAUUGUAAACUUAAAUAUUUUAGCCAUAAGAGUGUCAGGUAUACAAAAGAAAAGACAAAACUUGAUUUUAUAGAAGGCUGAGAGAGGAUACUCUGACUUGCAUUAAGAAAUAAAGUAAAUGGCAUGUGGUUAGUUAUCA